UAAAGCAUUUAGAAAAAUUCUGGCCAAUGUUAUCAUCAGUCAGUGAGCUGUCCUACUUUUGUUGGUAUUUUUUAGAGAUCGUAUUCUUAAUUCUAGAUGUUCAGAUUUAUCUAGCACUACUACUACUAGGAGUGUCUCACUAGAUCUAUAUAUAGACUUCUAGACUAUUAGAUAUUAUUAUUAUUUUUCUUCAUGGAUAAAGAGAGUAUCGGAUCUAAAUCCACAAAUUCAAUGCAUUGGUGAGACUUAUCUGCACAAGACACAGCUUGGAGGAGCCUAACAGACUGUAAACAACUUAUAAAAGAGUAGUGAAAUUUACUUAUUUGGUAAAUUAAAAAAAUGUGUUUCUUAAUCUUAGACAAACGUGAAUCUCUGGAAAAAGAAAAAAAACAACAAAGUUUGUAAACAUGGAGUUAGCACAUAGUUUACUUCUGAAUGAAGAAGCACUAAAAAGGAUAGCAGAUUCAAAGAGACCAGUGUUUGUAUUCGAGUGGUUGAGAUUUUUGGAUAAAGUUUUAAGCGCAUCUCAAAAGUCUGAUAUUAAAGGAAGCCAGAAACGAUUGGUUGAGCAAUUGACAUCACAGAUCUCAGAGUCUCCAGGUCCUCCUACUAGAAAACUUUUAGCCCGGUGCCUGGCCCUUAUAUUUAGUGUAGGGGAUACCUUUGAUCUGUUUGAAACCAUCAACAAAUGCAAUGACAUCAUAAAGUCUAAGGAUGACUCUCCAAGCUAUCUACCAUCUAGACUGGCAGCAAUCGCUUGCCUGGGAGCCAUGUAUGAAAAACUUGGGCGUAUGACAGGGCGCUCCUAUGAGGACACAGUACAGAGUCUGAUCAAAUCAUUGAAAAAUGCAGAGUCUCAAGGCAGGUUUGAAAUUAUGCAAACUUUGGAGAAAUUAGUUUCUGGCCUGGGGUCAGCAGGGUCAAGCACACAUAAAGAUAUUUAUAAAGCCUGUAGGCAGGCCAUGACGGAUAGAUCCAUGGCAGUUCGGCAAGCUGCAGCUAAGUGUAUGAAUGAGCUAGUAAAUGAAGUUCCCUUCAUGAGUACUACAGAACUGGAAACUGUUGCCUCCCUUUGCAUCAGGGCCUUGGAUGGAUCCAACUAUGAUGUCAGAUGUACUAUAGCUAAACUUCUGGGAAAUCUAAUGGCCACUGCUCAGGCCCCCAAGCAGCCAACAGCCAAAGUAAAACCUGCUCGCUUAGAAGAUGUAUUAGCACUACUAGCAUCAGGAUUCAUCAAGGGUUCACUAGGGGGAUUUCUUAAGACAUCUGCUGCAGGGGAUAUGAUCAAGGGAUCUAACCCUGUGAACAGAGAAAUUAGAGUUGGCAUUACACAUGCUUAUGUGGAGUUUAUUCGAUGUAUGGGAGGUCUUUGGCUAGAGAGGAACAUCUCAAUAUUUCUGACUCAUGUCCUAGAUCUGGUAGCAAAUCCUAAAGCCACACCUUCCCAUGUGGAUGCAGUGUAUGCACGCAAGUGUGUCCAGUUUAUCAUGAGGUCAGUCAUAGGUGGUAUGCUAGGAGAAAAAGCUCAGAUUGCUGCUGCUAAAGAAAUUUGCCAGAUCAUUAUCAAGCAGAUGAAUUCUGUUGGUGAAGCCAGUGCUGAUGCAACAGAUGCUAAAAACCAAGGAGCAGAGCUAAAUAGCAGCCAGCAUGUAUUGGUGUGUGCUCUUCAUGAACUGGGCUGUCUGGUGCUUAGACUUGGUACAUCUGCUAGUCCUUUGGUCUCAGAACCUGCCACAGGCAUCAUUGAGCCGGUUAUCUCUGUACUGAUUCACCCCUCCCAUGCUGCCAGGCUAUCUGCCUCUUGGUGCCUGGCCAGCAUAGCUGUUGCACUGCCCUCACAUCUCACUCCCUUACUGGAUGGCUGUGUGGACAGGAUGGACAAGCUGCGCUCCUCACCUGAAGCUGUUGUAGGCUACAGCAGCGCAUUAGCUGCUCUUCUUGGUGGUGUUUACCAGUGUCCAUUAGGGAUUCCACAUUCUAAAGGAAAGCAAAUAUUUAGUAUAGCUGAAGAAUUACUUAGAACAGCUUCUCAGAACAGUAGGCUUUCAUUGCAAAGAACACAGUCUGGCUGGUUGUUGCUUGGAGCUUUAAUGACACUAGGUCCUUCUGUUAUUAAGAACCACCUACCCCGCAUGUUGUUACUUUGGAGAAAUGCAUUUCCUAGGUCAGUCAAGGAACUUGAGUCUGAGAAAGUCAGAGGUGAAGCUUUUACCUGGCAGGUGACUUUAGAAGGUAGAGCUGGGGCACUAGGAGCUAUGUACAGUUUCUUAUUAAACUGUCGAGACCUGGUAACAGAAGAUGUGAUACGCAGAAUGCUGGCACCACUUGAAUGUGCUCUAGUAAUGAUGUCACAGCUGGCAUCAGUCAUAAAAAUGUAUGGGACCCAGCUCAAAGCCAGUGCUGCUACAAUAAGAUUGCGCCUUUAUGAUGUCCUAUCACUUUUACCUCCAGAGUCCUUUGAUGGUUUGUAUCCUAAUCUUCUUCGUGAGCUGGUAGCGGAAUUCACCCUUACUGAUAACCCAUCCAACACCACAACAUCACAGCUGAGGUUUAUGUGUCAUGCCGAUGACAAUGUCAUUUUGGGCUCUUGGUUGCAGGAAACAGACCACAAAGCUAUUGAAGAUCAGAUGGAGCCCAAUCGUAAGGUGGAUAAGGACAUUCUACAACCCAACAGUGCAUCAGGCUCUGGAACUCUGGAACAUGAUAGUCAAUCCUUAUAUAUCAGAUGUCCACCAAAUGAACCUGUCCCAGGACCUCUGCCAUUAGGGGUCACUGUUAUAGACAGCUCUGUCAAACUGUAUGGAGUCAUCUUCCCACAUGUGGCUCACAAACAUCGCUACCAAAUGCUGCAGCACUUCAAUGAGUGCAUACGUCAAGCUAAAGGCCCCCGCCAGCAAGCUGUACAAAUGAAUGUUUUUACUGCAGUCCUGUGUGCACUUAAAAGUUUGGCAGAAUUAAAAGCUAGCUUGGGUCCGGAUGAUGUGAAGAAAGCUGCGUUUUCUUUAAUAAUGGAUGCCAUGAGCAGCAGUAAUCCUAUACUAAGGUGUGCAGCUGGGGAGGCCCUGGGUCGUAUGGCUCAGGUAGUAGGGGACACCAAGUUUAUUGCAGAGAUGGCUCAACACAGCUUUGACAAGUUGAAAUCUGCACGUGAUGUGGUCAGUAGAACUGGACAUUCUUUAGCUCUUGGAUGUCUUCACAGAUAUGUGGGUGGUAUGGGUUCUAAUCAGCAUUUAAAUACUUCUGUCAGCAUAUUGUUGGCUUUAGCACAAGAUUUCAAUUCUCCUGUUGUACAAGUGUGGGCUCUCCAUGCUUUGGCACUGAUAGCUGACUCUGGUGGUCCUAUGUACAGGAGUUAUGUUGAGCCAACACUGUCUCUAGUUCUACAGCUUCUGCUGUCUGUACCACCAGCUAUCAUUGAUGUUCACCAGUGUCUUGGGAAAUGUUUGUCUGCUCUCAUUACAUCUAUAGGACCAGAACUGUCAGGAAAUUCUAGUGCUAUUGGCACAGCUCGACUCUACUGCCAGGUUUGUUGUGCAGUGAUGCAAGCACACCCUGACUCACUUGUACAAGCUGAGGCCAUAGCUUGUCUUCAGCAACUUCACAUGUUUGCACCAAGGCACCUGAACUUAAGUAGUCUUGUACCCCAUCUUUGUGAAAAUUUAUCUAGCUCUCAUCUCUUGCUGCGAAGGGCAGCAGUGUCCUGCUUACGUCAGUUGGCUAAUAGGGAAGCUUGUGAUGUUAGUUCUUUAGCUUUGUCUUUUGUGGGAUCCGAGAAAGAUGCUAAAAACAGUUCCAAUAUUGCUGAAACUGGUCUAGAAGGUGUUUUGUUUGGUAUGCUAGACACAGAAACAGACACACAACUCUUGUCAGAUUUAAGGGACACAAUAGACUCACUGCUUCAGUCUUUAGCUAUUGCUAAUCUGGCAAGAUGGCUGGCUUUACUAAAAGAUGUAUUGUCUGCCUCAUCUGAUGCAGCCAAUACUGAAAGUGAAAUAGAAGACUUGGGGGAUAAUGAUGAUGAGGAAGAGGGAGAUGAUAUUGGUGUGACAUUCAAGGCUGCUGAUCCUGAUGUUACACAUCCAUCUGUGGCGCCAAGGUGGCCUACAAGAGUGUUUGCUGUUGAAUGUUUGAUGAAAAUAAUCUCAUCAUGCGAAGGUGGUGAAGGCCAGUUUGAUCUACAGCUUGCUAAAGAACUCAAGGAGAAGACAGGAAAGAACAAUUUCUUAGUGCUACACCUUACAGACCUUAUAAGAAUGUCCUUCAUUGCUGCCACAUCAGAUAGCAAUCAGCUCCGGUUGGUUGGGCUUGCUGCUUUAGAGGAAGUCAUCAUGCGUUUUGCAUCAGUCCCUGAACCUGAGUUUCCUGGUCAUGUUAUCUUAGAGCAAUAUCAGGCACAGGUCGGUGCUGCCCUGAGACCUGCUUUCUCACCUGAUACACCCUCUGAUGUCACAGCUGCAGCUUGUGAGGUCUGUAGUAAAUGGAUAGGCAGUGGUGUGGCAAGAGACCUGAAUGACUUGCGGCGAGUACAUCAGCUACUAGUUUCCUCCCUGGCUAAACUUGGCUCUGUCAGUGGUCGCCCCAAAGCCCCAUUAUACAACGAAAGUGCUUCAACUAUGGAAAAGUUGGCAGUCAUUAGAGCCUGGGCUGAGGUUUACAUUGUGGCUGUAGAUAGAGAAAUUGAGUCACAACAAAAGAAAGACAAUGAAGACAGAGGUGAUGUAGAUGAAGAUGCUGAAGUUUAUGAACACAGCGGUGAAAGUUUGUUGAGCCUUGUCCAGCCAGAAUUAGAGAAUUUGAGCCGACAUUGGUUCAAUGCACUCAAAGAUCAUGCAUUACUCUCUUUACCUGCAGAAUACUCCAGUCAGCUACCUUCUGAAGGUGGUGCAUUUUAUCAUCCUGACACAGUGGAAACAGCUAUUCACCAUUACAAAAAGUCCUGGCCUUCCAUUCUCCAUGGUCUCUCACUGUGGCUGGACUCAGCUGGGUUUGAACAAGCCUCCAGGGAGUCGGCAGAUGAUAAACACACACUUUUGGCCACUCCAGCCCAACUGGCUAAUGUGCCAGCCAACAUGAGAGCCAGGACAAUGAAUCAGGAUAGAUUUUUUCUUAUAUUAGGUAUCAGUAUGGAAGCUUUGUGUAACUCAGCAUCCAGACUGGAAGAUGUCACAGUUCGACAUUGUUUGAGGGGAUUGAAAGCAUUAUUGAGCUCUGUUUGGCCACGUUCCCAACUAGGGAAAGAUGCUACUCUUUGCAGAGAAUUACUUAAUGUUAUGCACAGGGUAACUCUAACAAGAGAGGGGUUAGAUAUUCAUGGAUUUGCAUUAGAUGUUGUAUAUUUAGUUGUUACUGCUUCCAAAGAAUUCCUUGAGACCAAUAGAACCAAACUUAAAGAAGAAGAUAAGGAAACUGCCAAAGAACAAUCUACAGACAACCAAAGCAUUUUUAUGGGGGAAGGAGGGACAAAUGGGGAAUUUCCUGUGGAAACGUCUGUUGUCUUUGCCACACUGGAAGUUUGUUUGUGUGCCAUUGUGCGCCAUAUUCCUGCACUGAACCCAUCCUCCACUGUCACUGGAUUCCAGCUGCCCACACAUUUGACCAAGCUAGGUGCAGAGACCUUUGAUCUCAUUGCUAAAACCAUGGCAUUGAUGGUGGAUCUAUUGGAUCUUUGUUCCCCUACCGGAGCUGUUACUAUCUUGCCCACUAUCCUACAUCUUGUAUGUGGUAUUAUGAAAGAGAUGUGUGCUAGAGGUGCUGUUACACCUGCACCAGGAAUUGUAUCAAUGGGGCUAAAGAUUUUUAAAAGAGUCUGUGAAUAUGAACUUUUCCCAGUACAAUACAGUGAAAAGAUAACAGAGGAGCUGUCCAGUGUUAAGAAAGACUGGACUCGACUCAUUCAAAGUGCCAUAGCAACAAUUGUGCAAUAUGCGGAAGAAGGAACAGAUAACACUGGAAUAGAUUUAGGAGUGCUGGUGUCUAUUCUGUGUGUAUUUACAACAUCUUGCCCAAAGGAGAUUACCUGGAUACCAAACCUAUUGUCCUCAACUAUAAAUGUCUAUAAGAAAGCCUGGGAAACAGAAGAUGUUCAGUAUCGCCUGAAAUGUGUGGAAUCAUUUUUGAUGCUUUUGAAUCUGAAAAACAAGACUGAAGCUAUCCCUUACAUCCAUUGUCUGGCUCCUAAAGUCAUUGAACAUUUAAACUCAGCCUCCACAUCACUGUUAUCCAAAUCACAGCUAGAGCUUCAGUUGAUUGGCAAUGAAUUAGACUGUAUGGAGAGAUUGGUAGCUCUGGCUGAGGACAGUAAACGUGUUACUGUGAUAGCCUUAUUCAUACCAGUGCUAGUAUCAAUGUUACUGGAUGAGGGCACAGCAUUAAAAGCCAAUCAGGCUGUCCAGGCCUUGAGUGACAGGUGCUUGACUAGGCUGACUGAGGUGGGACGCAUGUAUCCUGAACAUUUCAAGGCUGUGAUGAACAUGUCCGCCAACCUGAAACCUAGGCUGGAAGCAGCAGUCAGGCUGAAGCAGAAAACGCAGGUGCAGGACAAGGCCAGAGUGCUAGCCUCACAAGCUGUUCAGCAGCCAGCCAAACCUACCAUAACCCUGACGAUGGAUUUCAGUAAUUUCAAAACAUGAUCAAACAUCAAGUAUAGGGUUUUAUAUAGAUUAGCUGGUAUAUCUACUGGCAUCUGGCAUUUACUGACAUACACUGAUUAUAAAUGUGCAUCACACGCCAGACUUAAAUUAUGAUUUUGAUUAGACCCAUUUUUUAAUGACAAUUUUUUUAACUGCCAAAUUUUUCAUCAUCAACGUUUGAGAUUAAAUUUGUAAGUUUUAAGAACAAAUGUGUGCUAUAAAAUGUAAAAAUAACAAGUUGUUUUGUCUAUUUGAGCUCAUCAUCUAUGCAUAGUCAAUCAGUAUCUCUGGUAUAUGAGCUCUCCAUUAAUGGUUUGUUUAGCUUCAUCUAACUUCCAACCUUUAGUUAAGAGAUUAGUUGACACUUAGAUCUGUCUUUUGAAUUUUUUUAAUGUGCCCCUAACACAGUAGCAUAGGGAUAUCUUUAUGACAUGCAAACCCAAUAUCAUAUUGCUGUUAAUGAUCUACUUGGACGAAUUCACAUCACUCAUCACCCUAGUGAACAAUUAUUUAUUUGUUUGUUUGUUGAAUUAUUGUACAUGUUGUUCUUUUUAAAAACUAUAUUAGUCUUUAUGCCUUUUUGCUUCUCCCACUGUCUACCUUUGAAUGUUAAGUCCUAUCCCCUCACACACUCUUGUGAUGUAAAUAUGUAAGUAUCCACCUUCAGAAUACUGCCUGACCAAAAAUACUUUGUAGAUAAAUGACCCAGUUGUGGUAUGUGAUGGUAAUCCUACUAAUAGCAAGUCUGUUGAGACCACAUUUUUUUUUUAUAAAUGUAUCAUUUAAUCUCUUCCUGAAAUGUUCCUAGUACCACCUCUUGCCAUGGUGCACUAGGGUGUAGGGUGGAUCUUGCAAGAUAAAAGCUUUAGAAUAUCUGUAAAUGCUUCAAAUACAGAAUUUUAAAAAUCCAAUAUUUUUUUUUUAACUGUGGUCCCAACUUGACAAAGACAAAAAUGUUAUUAGAAGACUUGAUCUAUUGCCUGUUCUGUAAUGUGGUUUUGUUGCUCCUUAAGUCAAUGCAAUAUAUGUACAGUAUAAGUAUAUAGUGUGUUGUGUGAACUUAUUGUUUAAUGUUGUUGAAUUCAUGCUACUCAUGUUUUUAUUGAGACCUGGCAUUGUAUUUUCAAAUGUUUGUAAAUGAAAAUAAAGCAAUGAAAGCAAUUGUCACAUAAUGCCAUAGUUAUAUAAUAAACUGAGCUAGUAAUAAACUAAGCUCUAAGCUUUUGAUAUUAAUGAACUGAGCUUUCAUUUGUAAUGAAAUGAGCUUUUGAACUGAUGCAGUGAGUUUUUGACCAUUGAUAGAUCCUGAACAUGUCCGUCCCUAUUGUACACCUGAAAUUCUCUGACGGAUCCUAUAUUAAAGACAGUUGAUCUUAUUAAAAUGAACUACAGUCAAACAUUGCUAUGCUAAAUUUCAUGAGGUCGAUAUGCUUUAUGCUAAGGCUUGUCUUCGAGGAUUUGGGACAAGUGCAGUAGAAGUUCUUGAGGCUGACAUUAGAUGUAGGUCACAGCUGGGACGGCGUAGGCAUGGGAAAUACUGCAUUCCUUAUUAAUCUUUGGACUCAAAGACAAGCCUUAUUAUUAUUGAUAUAACCAUAAAUAUUAAUCACAUAUAUAUCAAUAACAACUGAGUGAAUUCUCCAACUACUACAUAUUUAUAAGAAAAAAUUGUUAAUGAUACUAAAUUUUAAUAAAAGUUUUAUUUAAGCUAAUAUUUAACUAUUAUAUUUUUGUAAGGAUAUUUGAAUAUCAGUAUAUAAUUAUAGAAUAUGUUUGACAAAAUUAUUCAGAAAUGAUUUUAGUAUUUGUGAGUAUUUGCUUUACAUUUUCAUUAUUCAUAUUAAAUAAUUUUUAUAUAUUAUAAAAAUUGAAAUAUCAACUAUUUAAUGAAAUUAGGAAUGGUUGUACAUAAAAUGGGACUUUGAAAUUCACAAAUAGUAAAAGAAUGUUUAGUGUAAAAUCAAGUUAGAUUGACAAACUAGUUAUAGCAGUAAAUUGUUUGUCUCGGAAAUGUUUGUCUUGUCUUGAACAGAAUACAAAAUGUUUAUUUAUCUACAAACUUCUUUGGUAAACUUUUUUUUUCAUAAGAGAAAGUAAAUAAAAAUGUAAUGAAUUUGAUACUAUUUUUUUUUUCAUAAGAGAAAGUAAAUAAAAAUGUAAUGAAUUUGAUACUA